UGUGCUUGUUUCUUUGCAAGGAGACCUCUUCAGGAACCCCGAGCGGCGCUCUCCGGCCUUUUGCAAUAUAGAGGGGAAGCAGGCCAUGGUGAACCCCGGCGGCAGCGCGCAGCCGCCCCCGGUCACGGCGGGCUCCCUCUCCUGGAAGAGGUGCGCCGGCUGCGGGGGGAAGAUCGCCGACCGCUUCCUGCUCUACGCCAUGGACAGCUACUGGCACAGCCGCUGCCUCAAGUGCUCCUGCUGCCAGGCCCAGCUGGGGGACAUCGGCACCUCCUGCUACACCAAGAGCGGGAUGAUUCUCUGCAGAAACGACUACAUCAGGUUAUUUGGAAAUAGUGGUGCUUGCAGUGCCUGUGGACAGUCCAUUCCUGCUAGUGAGCUGGUCAUGAGGGCACAGGGCAAUGUCUAUCAUCUUAAGUGUUUUACAUGCUCUACCUGCCGGAAUCGCCUGGUCCCCGGAGAUCGGUUUCACUACAUCAAUGGCAGUUUAUUUUGUGAACAUGAUAGACCUACAGCUCUCAUCAAUGGCCAUUUGAAUUCACUUCAGAGUAAUCCACUACUGCCAGACCAGAAGGUCUGCUAAAAGGUCAGAGUAAUGCAGAAUGCGUGCCUUCAUCUCAAAUUUUGUUCAUCACAGAUGGAUCCCAUGUCUCCAAGUAGACAAGUCACCUUUGUAGCUAGCAUCAAUGCCAGCUCCAUACCAUUGCACCUUCUUUAUUCUUGAUUGCCCUUCCCACAUUUAUUGGUGUAUUAAAAUGACUGAAUAUGAACAUUAAGGACUCCAUGAACCUGGGCUAAUGGGAGACUGUAGAGAAAAUGAAAAAAGAUCCACCAGAGGACGUCUUGGGGAGGGUGGGUGGGGAAGAUGACUAAUGAAGCUAAUUAAAAGAAGCAUUGAAAUCUGCUUUCUACCCUCAUUAACAAUUAGCAGGGCACUGGCCAGUUUGUACCCUGUGUUUUACCUUAACAACAUUCUAUUUGCUCUUUGUAUAUUUAAGUGUUGUAAGGAAAUGUGUUUCAAUCAAACUGAACAUGAGAUAAAGAUGUGGCUUUUGUGAUAUUCUAUCACAAACACUUUUAUUGUAUCUCUGUAAAAUACAAUGUAUGUAUGCAUGUAAGUGUUCUUGUCCUAAUGUUGCUACUUCCCAUGGCAAAAAAAAAAAAAAAAAAAAAAAAGAAAAAAGUCAGGCUCAUAGCAGCUACUGUGUAGAAAUUUUCACCUACUUCUAAUUUGCUGAAUGAAGAAAAAUCUUUUAUUUGUGAUAUUUUCAGAGACAUUUGCUCUAGUAUGGUGUAUUUAAAUAAUAAAAAGUAAAACAAAACUGA